UUCUUAGAAGCAAAGUGUUUGGUGUGAAGUGAUGAUGGCUGAAGGAGCUCUUCCAGCAAUGGAAACCACACAAGUUUUUGAAAGAGGAGAUAUCCAAUGGAAGCAAUUCAAAGUUGAUGCAUCCAGUGCUUCUUCUUCUUCCUCCUCACCUCCAAAACCAUUGCUGAUAUUUACACCAACUGUGCCUGGUGCAUACCCUGUAAUAUUAUUCUGCCAUGGCUUUUUCGUUCCCAAUACCUUCUACUCUCACCUCCUUACUCACAUUGUUUCACAUGGAUUCAUACUCGUAGCUCCUCAGCUGUUUUGCAAAGGGUUGCCAAUGCUUGAACCCAGUGAAGUAAAAUUUGCAGGAAAAGUUGCAGAUUGGCUAGCCGAGGGGCUUCAACCUUUGCUACCUGAGAAUGUGGAAGCCAACUUGGAGAAAUUGGUUGUAUCAGGUCACAGUAAGGGUGGAAAGACAGCAUUCUGUGUUGCACUUGGUUAUGCAAAAACCAAGCUAAAAUUUUCAGCACUGGUGGGCAUAGACCCUGUGGCUGGAACAUCUAAGUAUUGUGAAACAAAUCCUCAUAUUCUGAAGGGAGUGCCAGGAUCCUUCAAUUUGAACAUGCCUGUUGCCGUGAUUGGUUCCGAGCUGGGUCCAAAGAAAGGUAAUUGUUGCAGUCCACCUUGUGCUCCUGAUGGGAUGAACCAUAAGGAGUUUUUCAAGGAAUGCAAACCUCCUUCUGCACAUUUCGUGGUGGCAAGGUAUGGUCACAUGGACAUGUUGGACGAUGAAACAGCAGGAGUAAUUGGGACAUUAUUGUCAAAAUGUGCCUGCAAGAAUGGAUCAGGUCCUAGGGAUUUGAUGAGAAGAACCAUUGGAGGCUUGGUUGUGGCAUUCUUGAGGGCACAAUUGAAUGACCACUGGAAGGAUUUUGAUGCUAUUUUAGGGAAUCCUAACAUUGCUCCAACUCAAUUGGACAACAUGGUAUACAUUCCAGCAUCAUAGGUGUUAGGAUUACAUGAGUUUGAUCCCACAUCGAACAGAAACAUAUAUACAUAGGUAGUGUUAGUCUGAUUCAAGAAAUUAUCCUAAAUCACGUUUGUUGGAAACGCGCUUUUCGCAGGUGUCUUUACAAUUUGAAUAUUAUAUAUCCUUGGCAAUGUUACAUGGUAAACACUACUACUCUUUCAUUUGAUCGUAUA